GCGUACCCCAUACGGGAACGGCCAACCAAGUCGGCUUCCACAGUAAAAGUACAGGAACGGGUCUUCUCUCCAUCUAAUUUAAUCACGCUAGCCUAUUUAACACCAUCCCAAAUUCGUCCUCCCGUUAACCCAAUCAUUCAAUCUCUCGACGGCGCUCCAUACCAAUACAUCCAUCUAUAUCUCGGUGGUGAUGCGUGCAACAGCGGGGGACAGUACCAGCUCGCCGUCGGCGACGACCUCCAUGUCCUUCCGCGGCUUCUCCGCCAUGAGCCUCCGCCGCCAUCAAGUUGCCUCCCUGGAACCCUCUAGCGAGGAGGAGCUCCAUCUCCUCGAUCUCCUCCAUACCCGUCUCACCGAUUCCCUCCAAUCCCUCCUCCCCUCCCCCGAUUCCAAAACGCCCUCACUUUCCCUCACCCUCUCUCUCGCCUUCCUCCACAAACUCCUCGAUGCCCUCCUUGCAUGCGAAUCGGACUUUAAAUCUCUUCUCCUCCUCAUCCUCUCCCGAAACCCUAGCCUUAUCUCCCGCCCCCCUCUGGACCGCGCCAUCUCCGAUUUCCUUGACCGAGCCGUGAAAUCCCUCGACCUCUGCAACGCUGUCUCCCUCUCACUCCACUCCCUCCGCCACUGGAGUCGCCAUGCCGACAUCGCUGCAUCCGCUCUCCACCGUCCGGGUCCCCCCUUUACCCCCCCACAAAUCAACCGCGCCCGAAGAGCCCUCUCGAAGCUCCUCCUCUCGACCAGCACCGGCCUGAGCGCUUCUUCCUCAUCGUGCCGUCGGAUGUGCCGAAUCUGCUCCGCAAAGAAACACCUCCAGGCGGUGGCGGCUGGCCUCAGUACCCCGCGAAGUGGCGAAUCAGGCAGUUCUUCCGUGCUCGCGCUCGCGGUUCACACCAUAAGCACUCUACUUCACUUCUCCAUGUGGAUGAUGGUAGCUUCGUUUCCCUGUGGCAGCGGGGAGGUUCAGCCACCACCGCCGAUUCCAACUGCGACAAGACAUAUGCCCUGGGCUUUGGCUUUGUCUCGCCUGCAUGAGAAAAUUGGGGAGGACAUGAGGAGGGAGAGAAAAGUGGGUGGCUUACUAGUUUCGGCAGGGAUGCUAGAGGAGACUCUGGCGUUGGAGAGAAUUAGCAGGGAGUUGUUGAAGCUGGCGAGCAAUGGAGAGGAAUUGGAAGCGGCUGCCGCUGAGCUGGCCAUUUCAAGCGGAAAGCUUGAUGAAGGAUUGGGGCCUUUUGAAAGGAAGGUGAGGGAGGUUUUCCAUAGAUUGGUAAGGUGCAGGGAGGAGGUGAUCCGUUGUUUGGGCGACAGCACCAGCUCCUCUCUUUCUUCAGUUGAUCAUGUGUAACGAAAACUGCGUUUAAGGUUUUUGAUUAAGGUUCAAGUAUUUGUUUGAAACAGAACUUGCUUAUUAUCUUAGUGUUUAAUUCACUACGAGGUUUUUGAACCUUUCAUUGUAAAUCUUUCUAGAUCGCUUGUGCGUCAUUGAGAGAAGAAUUAUGUUGAAAUUUUUUGAUUUUGUAGUAUGUCUUAACUGCUUAUUUCCAAUGAUGUUUAUUAGUGAAGAGUAAUAACAGAAGAGUGAAGUGCUGCUUGA